GCUCUCUGUAUUUCAGUGCCCUCCGGUCAGGUUUUCACCGAUGACUGGCGCGAACACCCGGAAGAAUGACUACGAGUAUGAACUCUCAGUUCACAGCGUCUGACAAACCAGCUCCUGUUUAGACCCUGACAGAGUCAUUUUACUCCGCGCUCUGUUUCUGUCUCGUCUAACAAAAGAGUGACUUAGAAAAAAUGAAUGUAUUUCACCAGCAAGGACUCGGUAAAAACACGCUUGUCUUGGUGUUCGUGUUGAGCGCCGCUCGUUGCUGUCAUGCGUUCAACUUGGACGUGAGGUUUGCAGUCGCCAAAGAGGGAAAGACAGCGGGCAGUUUGUUUGGGCUUUCUGUUGCACUGCACGAGCAGCUCGUAGGAGAGAAAAGACACCUACUUCUUGUAGGUGCACCGAAAGAGAAAGCAGAGGCAGGAGUGCCAGCAAAUGAGACUGGAGAUGUAUAUGCCUGUCCAAUCACGGCAGACACCAAAGACUGCAGAAGACUGAACCUUCUCACCUCAAAUUUUGAUGACAGACCAGACCCUAAGAACGAUGUGAUGGAUGGGAUGUGGCUAGGUGUGUCGAUAGCCAGUCAGAGUCAACCAGGGGGCCGUGUCCUGGCCUGUGGCCAUCGUUAUAUACGGGACUAUGGAACCAACUUUCGGAUGAUUGGGAGGUGCUAUGUUCGUGGAAAUGAUUUACAGUAUAACGAAGAAGACUCUGAAUGGCAGUCAUACAGCGAGGUGUGUGAGCCCAGAGAUGAUCAGAUGAGUGAAGGCAUGUGUCUUGCUGGAAUGUCUGCUGCCAUCACUCAGACGGAGAUCUUCCUGGGUGCACCUGGAUGCUUUAACUGGCAAGGAAACACAUUUUCGCUGUGGUAUAACCCUGAAGUUAAGUUUGGUGAAGUGAAGAGCAAGCUUCCAAACUUCCAGAAUAGAGGGAAUAUUUAUACUGGUUACUCUAUAGCUGUGGCUCAAGGUGUGCUAAAAAAAGACAAAGACACAGUGGUAACAGGAGCUCCAAGAGAUGAAGCCAAAGGAUCUGUGAUGAUGGCUGAAGUUUUUAAAGACAGUGUCAAAGGAGAAGUCCAAAUAAAAGCCACUGUCAUGGGGGAACAAGUCGGAUCCUAUUUUGGCAGCAGUGUUGCAAUUGUUGACCUUAACAAUGAUAGCUGGAAGGAUCUGAUUGUUGGAGCUCCUUUCUAUUUUGACCGGAAGAACGGUGAAGGUGGUGCAGUGUAUGUCUAUAUGAACCGGAUCGGGUCUUUUCUUGGAAAAGCCGAUGUGGUCCUCACUGGGCCUAAGGACUCAGCUUUUGGAAUGGCUGUUGCUGCUAUUGGUGAUGUUAACCAGGAUGGCUUUCAAGAUUUUGCUGUUGGUGCUCCAUAUCAUAAUAAAGGCAGGGUAUAUAUAUGGAUGGGCAACAAAACGGGUAUUUCCCAAACGCCAAGCCAGGUGAUUGAUGGGAAAGACAUCCCAGGUGGUGGAUUCCAAACAUUUGGCUAUUCUGUCAGUGGUGGCAUGGAUGUGGACAGGAACGGUUACCCAGACAUAGCAGUCGGAUCAUUAGAUGAUCGUGUGGUCUUGCUAAGAGCACGUCCUGUGAUCCACCUGAAUAAUUCUUUCCUUGUGAAACCACAAGUUAUCAGCCCAGAAGACUGUGAUGCCUGUAUUGAAGCAGAAUUCUGCUUCUCCUACACAUUCAGCACCGGCAGUACCAGUUCCCAGAAGAGUAUUACUUUUCAAUAUACGGUGGAAGCCGAUCAGCAAUCGUCUCGGAGCCCUCGUGUUCGUUUCCUUGACAACAAAGAGGGCAAAUACACUGGCAAUAUGUCUGUUAAUCCAUCUGGAGAUUGUCAUUCUCUGAAACUGGAGCUAGUGUCCAAAACGAUCCAAAACAAGGUUGCUCCGAUAGUUUUCUUGCUGAGCGUGACUUUGGUGGAGCCUGUUCCCUCGGGCAGGCAGACGCUGGAAGACCUCAGUGCUUUUCCUGUGAUCAGCCAAAGAUACGCUCUGACUGGCAGAGCUGAGAUUCACAUUCAAAAAGCCUGUGGAUUAGAUAACAAAUGUGAGAGCAACCUUCAGAUGACGGCUGCAUUCACAGAUGAGCAGAACACACCGUUCCCCACGCAGAAUGGCUUCCAGAUUUUCAACUACACUACUGACAUGAAGAAGCUGAAGUUGAUGGUGAAUGUUUCCAAUGUUAUAUCACAGGACAGGAAAGCAGAAGACGCUUACGGUGCUCUUCUAAAUGUCACCAUUCCCUCCUCACUCAGCUUCUCCAGCCUGAAACCCAAGAACUUAAAUGUUGAAUUGUCGCCUGGGGUGCCUUAUCUUCUGUGUACACUGGGGGACCCCUUCAAAAGCAAUCAGAGGGUGGAGAUUGAGAUCACCUUUGAAACGGCAGAUAUCACAAUAGACGUGCAGGAGAUUCAGACUGAACUGCAGCUCUCAACGUGGAGCGAUCAGAAUGAUCUAAAGCCCCUGUCGAGAGUACUGAAGGUGGAGUACGUCCUACAGCCCCUCUUUAAUAUCCCUCGCUUCGAGUUUAGGACAGAAUUCAGUGGAAAAGUAGUAGGAGAAUCCGCCAUGAAAAGUACCAGUGACAUUGGAAGCCCAGUGGAAUUCAACUUGACGGUGGCUCUUUCUGGAAAACCUCUGGGAAAUCUGGGGUAUCUGGAAGUGGUCUUUGAGUGGCCUUAUGCUGUGGCUAAUCAGAAGUGGCUGCUUUAUCUGUCAGAGAUUGAGAUGGCAGGAACCUCUGAGCAAUUCUGUGUCCCUGAAAAUAACAUCGUAAACCCCCGUAAUCUCACUGUGUCAGAGCGCAAGACAAGAAGGAGGAAAAGAGACGAGGACUCCUCUAUGUCUGAACAGACUGAACCGCAGACCCUCCCGAACCCACGGGCCGUCCAGAGGAAACCGCCCGCCAACCUGAACUGUGGCAUGGGAAGCGCCCUCUGUCAGACAUUCAGCUGCCCCUUGCAUGGCAUGAACACCUCGGCCAAUCUCACUGUCAGAGCACGCGUAUGGAACAGCACAAUGCUUGAGGACUACAAUGGUGCAAGAGUACUUGUGUUUGGUAGUGCCACACUGAGUCUAAAAACAGAGAAAUCAACCAUCAAGAUGAAGAAUUACGACCGUGAGUUUACAGUAGCUAUAGACCCUGCAGAGGUAGAAGAGCUUCAGUAUGAAGUGCCUCUAUGGAUAAUCAUUGUGUCCGUGUUGGCAGGAGUGAUUCUGCUGGGUCUGAUUGUCAUUUUACUGUGGAAGUGUGGUUUCUUCAAGAGGGCCAACACCAGGGAGCUUUAUGAGGCCAAGGCCCAGAAAGCAGAAAUGAAAACUCAGCCAUCUGAAAAUGACCGCCUUACAGAGGAGGACUGAGAUCCGCUGGCCUUUGUGGGCCUCUGACACAAAUAGCGAAUUCGUAGAGUGGCUUUUUUAAGCGGGCUGCCUACUUCCGGACUAUGUCAAAAUACCGAGGCAUGAAGAUUUGUAAGAAGGAACAGUACCAGGUAAACCAGGGCUUUUUGAUUGUGGACACCACAAACAAUAAGAAACACUGGAUUGCGAGCUGGACCGAAAAGACACAGUACUACUGAUGAAAGCACUCUUCAGCUGUCUCUCUUAGACAGUGGAAUAGACUUUACAGACGUUUAUGUCUGAAUCAACGCCACUCUACCUGAUUUGAUCGAACUUCUAGAUAUCAGGUAUAAUUAAACACGUUCAUUCAAAACUGUCGUGAACUGAUUAUACAGACGACUCUAGAUUACAUACUGUAUUGAUGUUUAUUGGUUUACAGUUUUUCAACUGAAUAUGUGUAUUGUGUAUGUUGACGAGUUCAACAAUAAGGAUUUUUCCUUCUGGCUCAGUGGUUCAUAUUUGUGCUUGGCCUGCCAGCAAUUUCACUGUCACCCACCACAAAGGAAUGAUCCGUUUUUAUAUUUAUGCUCUUGAAAAUGAAUGUUCUUUAUUGGCAUCUGUGGUUCAUCCAUGGAAUCUUCCCAAUGCACACAAUGUUCUGGAAAAAAGGUUUAUUUCGAUUUUUUCUUUAGGUUCUCUGGGGAAGCCAAAAUAGUUUUUCUGUGAAAACACAGCAAAAAACUAUAUUGUAACCUUUAUUUUUAAGAGAAUAGCAAUGUGUUUUUACUGUAUAUUUGCUAGAAAUUUUAUUGAAUGUUACUUUAGAUUUUUUAUUCAUUAAAAUGAUUUCAUUAAAAUUGCAAGAAGACAACAUGCAACAAGCUGGAAAUUACACAGCUAAAAUACUGUUAUUUAUUUCUGCUGAAAAAUAAUGGAUUACACUGAGGGGAAAAAACAAUGGUUUAGAAACAAGUUUCACUCAGAGAUUUCAAACAUUUUACAAUUAAAUACAAAGAAAUGGCAAGUGACACAUUGAGUUAAACAUGACAUUUUAAAGUACAAAGACUAAAAUAAUAUUUUGUCGUAAGGUGUACUCUAGUAGUCCUGCUUUAUUUACAACUUUGGAAAAUCAUUUUAAUUUAUUGGCAUGUAUAGUUUUAAACACAUUUUGAUUCUCUCAAGAUUAUCUUUCUUUUUUUAAUUUAACCAAACCUUUAUUUGUUAGCCAACUAGAAUGUAGUAUACAACCAAACGCUUAAGUGUGAAAAGCAUGAAAAUGGAUGUACAAAAUCAGUGAUUGAAAUUUUAAAAUCAGUGUAAAAUUGUCCUCCACUUUUCUAGUGGUUCAUCCUUGUUGUUGAGCUCUUUGUUAUGUUUGAUUUUCAUUCUUUCGCAUUCAUCUGUGUGAGGACUUGUAUGCCAUGUGCCCUAACUGAAAAUAGCACUACAUUUUCUCUACCAACUUUCCAAUAGUGCUAAAAUCUGUUGCCCAGUCGUGACUCACUAUUUCAUCUCUCUCAUUCGGUUCUUGCUUUAUAUAUUUGUAUCUUGCAUCAGGUCACGUUCAUGUGGUACACUGAUGGAUUUCAAAGGAUAAAAAAGCAACAUAAGAAUGUGAAUCGUUCAAUGCAGUACAGUAAACAGAUAUGCACACAAAUAGGCCUACUCCUGCCUAUGCAAUUGGGACAGUACCAGAUUUCAAAAGAUUUCAGAUUUUUUUUUUAGCUCAACUCUGAGGUGCUGUUGCGUGUGACGUGAACAUGCGUGUAUAUCUCAUGCCCUGAUUAUUGUUAGUUCAUUUUUUAUAUCUUGUUAGUCAAAUUUUAAAUCCUGUGGGGUAUUAUAUCUGUUGUAAAUGUGCCAAUUAAAUUUGUCUAAAUGUGUCCAAGUGUUUUAAGCUGUCAUGAUUUUGUUGAUUUAUAUUUGUAUUUAAAAUGUUUUAUAAACUAAGUGGAUGUAGGUUCCAUGUGUAAAAGUCGUGUGCUCAUGUGUCAACAGACCUGUAAAUCUACGCAGCUAAAGGCUGUGUAUCAAAGCGUGCAUUAAUUAGCUCUCAAAGCAGCAUUAGUAAAUAAAU